AUGUGUGUGUAUUUUUUGAGUGCUCAAAAUAUAUUUUCUUUUCAACAGAGCUACGUCGCCUAUUUAUGGGAGAAAUCGAGUUGGACGGUGCCGUUGUUUCACCAGCAGCACGUCAUGAAUUUGAUUCAGCGGUUGCUCUUCGUGACCUUUUCGAUCGUCGCUAAUGUGGGCAUUCUGUAUUACCAUUGGACGACGCCGCCGCAUCCGAAGUUUACCGUUUUACGAAAGUCGAGAAUAUGCAUUCGCGCGCAUCUUCUCAGCGGAACGAUUAACGUCUGCUUGCCAAUAGCAGCGUUUUGUACUGUAAACAAAGACAUUUCGACAACGAUUAUGUGGAUCACGGUCUUCUUUGAUAUCAUUCACUUGAUUACGGUACUCAUUCAGACACCAGACGUGAAUGGGCAAAGAGUUUUGACCGUUCCCGCUUACCAAUUUAUAUCACUCGUUAAAAUUGUGAGCGUUUCCGGUUUAAUUUCUGCCCUUCUGGAUUCUUCGCUUUAUCAACUCGAACGACUCGAAUGGUUGUGGUCCGUUUGGGCUAACCAUCAAACGUACGCCUGGGUAAGAGUAUGGAUUAACGCUUUGUAUUUCCUUCAAGCUUGCGGAGAAAGUCGAUACACUGUCUCGGUCAUCAUAGCAGGAACAAUUGGUGCUGGACAGGCGUACGGUUUCACCAUCAUGAUCGGAUUAAUUUUGUGGCUCGUCGCUUUCAAUAUAAUUCUUCGUCGAAUGACGUACUUACUCGUCGCGAAAUUUUCUGUGAAGAAGACUUAUUCGGAAAAAGAACAGCAGGAGUUGAACUUGGAAAUGAGCGCCAUGCUUCAGUUUUUCCACGAAUCACAUCAUUCGCUAUACCAUGAUUCUCGAUAUAGAACGCGUGUCACUGUCGUUCAAAAGAUCUUAUUCGACCUUGAAUACGUGAAAACCAUCGUCGACUCCACCGGAAACGAAAUAUCGCAACAGUUUGCACCGAUACGGACCAUACCUGACGAGGUCCAGGCGCGAUGCGUCUUCGAAUCGAUUGACUUCGAUGGGAGUGGAGGUCUCGAUAUUUUAGAGCUCGGGCAGGUCUUUCUCACGAAUGGCGUCUCAAUUGCUGUCACACAAAAGAUGUGCAAAAAAGCUUUUGGUUCGUUUGAUUUGAACAACGAUGGUUUGAUCGACUUGAAGGAGUUCACUACCGCUUUCAAGCCGUAUUGGUCGUACCAAUUUAACGCGGUAUACGAUCUCUUGAAAGACGCUCCGCAUUUGCUAAAGAAUGUCAUUAACGUGCCUCUGCAAAACGCAGCGGGCGGAUGCCCGUUCAGCGCGGCGCAUUCCAUUCCGCUCGAUUUCGAUUCAUCAGUAAUCGAUUGGGUGAAAUUGAUUCGAGGCGAGAACGUAUCAAAUCUCGACCACGCUUUAAAACGCGUGAAAAAAAGACUGGACAGGCUCAAAGUUUAA